AUGGCAGAGGAAACCGAGCUCCAGCCUACUGCUUCAGAGCAGCCCCAUCCGAUUGCACGAUCCGACUCGUCGGCUUCAACAAGCCCUGAGGAUAACAACGAGCCUGUCAUUCACCAGCCCAUCCCUGUACGACCUGGUCUGCCCACUCGGAAAAGCAGCGGACCCCUGGUAGUCCCUCGUGAUAGCUCAGCAGUCGGCCCUCUAGAACCCGACUUUGGUCCAGAUGAUGUACGGGCAAUGAGUCCCAGGCGAACAAGCGAGGACCUGGAUAGGAUGGGCAAGGAGGCUCGGGACGAGAUGAAGAGACACGCCAAGGCGUUGCAGGACUCGCUGCUCACGAUUUUCAACCGUAUCGAGGCCGUCCGCGAGGAGCACGAUAAACUCGACAACAACAACAAAUUCCUGCAAAAGUAUAUCGGCGACCUCAUGAGCACCAGCAAGAUUACGGCCUCGAGUAGCCGCAAGAAGUGA